CCCAAGGUGUGGCCAAGAAGGCAGAGCUCCACGCCAGGCUCUUUCCAGGCCGAGCACGGACUGUCUGGACUCUGAUCCAAGACAAACAAGGAAGCAAACCUCGAACACCUGGCCCUGACCCCUUCGAUCGGGGCAGGACAGAGGCGGUGGCCCUGGCCACGUAGACCCUCCUCGGCCACUGCCGGGUCCGCACCCGUCCUGAGCGCCUUCCCUCCGAGACUUGCGGACACGCCGGAGGGGAGCAGAAGGUCUCCUCCUCUUCCCCAUCCCCGGCCCCCGAGCCCCAAAGGUGCGGCAGAGACGGCCAGCUCCGCCCGGGAAUCUGAAGCACACACUGCGUCCCCUCCAGACUACUCGUCCCACAGCAAGCCGGUCGCGGCCUGACUCCCCAGAGGCCGUGUAGAAGCCGGCCGGGCGGAGGCGGGCAGCAGGAAGCCCCAGCGCCCAGCAGAUCCGCGAGCACGCCCCCGACGCGGAGGCAGGGCCGUCGUGGACGGCCGCACGCGAACCGGGAAAAGGCGGCUUGACCCUUCUGCUUCCCGUAGCUGUGCGCGCGCCCGGCGGGAACGCGGACGACAGGCGGUGACGGACGAACAGCCUCCUGCGCCGAGCGCCCGCGACGCCUACUACGCCAGCCCCGGGGGCAAGUGCCUCAGUUUCAAUCUGGAAAUUCUUUAAAUGAAACCUGUUUAAAAUCUUAGGCCAUACCCAGAAGAGAGACCCCGGUCAACAAAAAGGUGGAAAAGAAUGACGUUGUCCUUAAAUAAUCUGCAAAAUGUCAUCUACAACCCGAUAAUCCCCUAUGUUGGGACCAUUUCUGAGCAGUUGGAGCCUGGAACUUUGAUUGUACUACGUGGGCAUGUUCCCAGUGACUCAGACAGGUUCCAGGUGGACUUACAGUGUGGCAACAGUGUGAAACCACGAGCGGACGUGGCCUUUCAUUUCAAUCCACGCUUCAAAAGGGCCAAUUGCAUUGUUUGCAAUACCCUGAAAAAUGAAAAGUGGGGAUGGGAAGAGAUCGUCUAUGACAUGCCUUUCAAGAAAGAGAAAUCUUUUGAGAUUGUUAUUAUGGUGCUGAAAGACAAAUUCCAGGUGGCUGUUAAUGGAAAACAUACCCUGCUCUACAGCCACAGGAUCAGUCCAGAGAAGAUAAACACACUGGGCAUCUAUGGCAAAGUGAUCAUCCACUCCCUGGGUUUCAGCUUCAGCUCGGAUUUAAAAAGUACCCAAGCAUCUACUCCAGAACUGACAGAGAUAAGCCAAGAAAAUGUACAAAAGUUUGACGUGUCACAGUUUCCUAGUAAUAGAGGAGACAUUUCUAAAAUCGUGCCCAGAACUGUCUACACCAACAGCAAAGGUUCGACGGCCAAUCACACUGGCACCAAAAUACUACCUACCAACUGUUUGUCAAAGACUCUGCCAUUCGUCGCAAGGUUGAACUCCCCAAUGGGCCCUGGCCGGACUAUCGUCAUAAAAGGAGAAGUAAAUACAAAUGCCAAGGGCUUUAAUGUUGACCUGCUAUCAGGAAAAUCCAAGGAUAUUGCUCUUCACUUGAACCCACGCUUGAAUGUUAAAGCAUUUGUAAGAAAUUCUUUUCUUCAGGAGUCCUGGGGAGAAGAAGAGAGAAAUAUUACCUGUUUCCCAUUUAGUCCUGGGAUGUACUUUGAGAUGAUAAUUUAUUGUGAUGUUAGAGAGUUCAAGGUUGCAAUAAAUGGUGUACAUAGCCUGGAGUACAAACACAGAUUCAGAGAGCUCAGUAAUAUUGACACGCUGGAGAUCGAUGGCGACAUCCACUUACUGGAAGUAAGAAACUGGUAGCUGGCACGACUGCUGCUAAAACUGAAAUACAGAAUGACUUCGUAACACUGGCCUUGUUACAGUGCAUCUCACUACCACCACACGGCUUCUGUAUAUUGUUAGAACAAGCUUGCAAAAUCAUAACCGAGUCCUCCCGGUAUCCUCAGUCCUCACCAUGCAGUGUGGCUCUGUCUAGUGCAGAAUGAGGAAAUGGGAAGCAACAGCUUACAGUCAUUAUUAUAACAGGCCUUUCUGCUCUUCCCCCCCCCCCCCCCCCCGCCACCCUGGCCUCUCUUUAAACCCACUUCACAUUCAAGUAUUUACUAAGUGCCUCCUGUGACACAGCAGCCGCCCUGCAUUGAGCACUAAUCUUUCACCAGCUGGGGACAGACAGCGGUGCAUGAAACCUCUCUGUUUUGUUCCGUUGAGCUCAGAACCUUCUGUGCUUUGCCACUGCUCCACCAUUUUAUUUCAGGUACUACACCAUCUCACCAGGGACUUCAAAGGACACUAAUUUAUAGGUGACACUACUUCUCUUCCAGUGCUGGCUCUCAACCCAGGGUUCCAGGAGAUCCCGUAACUCAAAGGAUUGACAGUGACUUAAAUCUGGCGAUUUUCAUUAGCAUAAUAAAUAUCUAGCUCUACUAGCUGUAAGUAUUACCAAGUAAUUAACAAAAAUUAAGGCAAAAAAACAAAGCAAAACCAAACCAAAUUGUGUGGAGAUGAACCACAGUGGUGUUGAUGUCAAUCUCGAGGCCACUGGUUUCUGUACCAGUAAAUGGUUGCUUUAGAAUGUUGGUUGAAUCAAAGUUCGGCACAUACGCUACAAAAAGUACGGUAGAUGCAGGAUGAAUUUAAUUUGUAGAAUGUUUGCGGGUAACACAGCAAUGUCAAGAUUAGAUUUAAUGACUUUAUAAAACGGGCCCUAUCAGAAGGUAAAAUAUACCAGCUGAGACCAGCAAAGCAGAAGCAGCGUAAACGCCUGCUGCUGUCGACUGCAUGCGACCCAGCACUGCCUCUGCUCUUCUAAAGACGAGUCCAUCGUCCUCAGGGACUGAGAUCAAAACACUGUUUUAAGUGAUUAAAAUCAAACCUGUAUCAGCAAGUUAAGUUGUCGCAUUUCUGUGAUUUUUUUCUAUUAUUCUUUGAAGUGAGUUGGCAGAAGUUCUUUGUAGAAUUCUUACAGGUCAGAUCUUGUUACAGGAAAUUGCAGAAGCUCAGUCAGAUCAUUUUAUCGUAUUAAAGUGUGCUAGGCUGAAUUCUGCCAGGAUUUGGGAAUAUUUUCCUAAGUUUUGGGCUAGGUUUAUUUGUAUCCCCAUAUUGCAAAAAAUAUUGUUACCAAUCUUACUUUUAAACAGUACUCAGUGUAGAAAACAAUUCUUUUCAUGUUAAUUUAUUAUGCUGAGUCUUGCCAAACUAAAAAAACAAAAAACAAAACAAAACUCAAACCACCAUCCCCAUUGGUAGAGGAGGGGAUGUUGGGAGGGUUGUAAAAGGCAAGAAGGGUCUAGAAUUCCCCACGGUUAUUUUUCAUCUUCAGAGAAGAUCAUCAGAGGGCCCAGCAGACUGUGGAAACUGUAGACCAUCUUAGGAAAAAACAAAAGCCCCACUUACCUUGUUUCCUCUGAGUCUUAAACAUAAUUUCAUUUUCAUUUUACAUGGAUGAUACUAAGAAGUCAGACCAAUUUUUUGAUAGGAUAAAUACAAAAUCUUUUAAGAUUAUUUUUGAAAAGAAGUUAUUUGCAUUUUAUUAGUGAAUCCUAUUGAGACAUUACUCAGAAAUACGCAUUCCUAACAAGCUCUGUCUCCAAACUGCUCAUCAAGCUUUUGCUUCUCUGUCACAAUUCUGCUUUAAACUUCUACAUUAAAUAAGAUCAAGGGCUUUCAAAUUGGGCACCUCUGGGACAGUCCUUAAAAUGCCUCAAAUUUUAAAAUAAAAUGCCUUAAAUAAAGGCAGAUUUGUUUAAUUUUAUUUGAGCCCUCACUUUCCAACUUCACCAUCGCACGGCAUAGAGAUUAUAGAACUUCAAAGCUUUGACAAAAAGCCUGUUAUUUACUUUCUUUCUCAUACAAGUAAUUCUUGUUAACUACUGAUAGAAAUGUGGACAUUUCUAACCCUGGAAGGGAUCCUUCUCACCACCUAGUGUGUCUGGGCCUUUCUACUUGUGAGAUCAGUCAGGUGUGGUUGUCUCAGCAAGAGCCUAUUAUUGCCUCCACCCCCAAAGGACUGAAGGAGGAAGGAGAGAGAGACAAUCACAGUCACAGUAAUGCCUUCCAGAACUUCUUCCCUCCGUGGGCGCAACACAAAAAUCAAGGCUGAAGUGUCACCUGCCCACAAUGAGAAGUGAGGAUCCAAACCGCUUUCCAGUCAAAAGCAUCCCUGCUGAGUAACUGUCAUUUACUGGGCAUUGGAGCUGCUCCGAGUGAAACCUCUGACUCGGACACCAUGUCCAGAAAGUAUCCCUUUACCAGGAGAGUUGAGGCUUUACAGGCUAAAUGAGGGUUAGCUUUGGGUGCUGAACUCAAUCGGUGUAACAUUAAUAACAUCAGUCAGAAUCAGAAAAGACUGUAGUCAAUGUUAAGCCAAACACAGCAGUCUGUAUAAAAAUACCAUGUAUUGUUUACUCUUUUUGUAAUUCUAUACAAUCGGCAGGAGAGGCUCACAUGGCUGCAUAAACCAGGUGGGGAUUUUGUGAAGAAGUCCAAGUAGGUGUUAAGGCACCAAAAGUAACAUGGUCCUAAAAACACCCAGCAAUAAAAGGAAAAAUAAACCUGAACUCUCAACAGAGUGUGAGGUUUUAGAAGUAGCCCUGGAGUGGCUCCCCCAGCACAGCCUCCAGCUGCUGGAUAGUCUUCUGGCACUGAUGCUCCACCUCUUCACACUCAUCUAAGAAAGAAGCAGAUACAAGGGAGUCAGUCUUCCUGCCUCAGGGACCUCAGCCCAGCUCCUCCUGUCCUGCAUCCCCGGCUGCUGCUCAAUCAGGAGAAAAGCAAAGCACCUGCUGAGACAGAAGCCCUCCUGGAAAUCCCUCCGUGUUCCUCCUCUCUGCCUCCAUCCCUUCCUCACAGGCUCAAACUUGGGAAGCCGAGGCAGACCCCAGAAGAGGGUGUACGAGUGGACAUUCCAAAUGCCUGCUUCCCACGGCCCUCUCCCACUGCUCUGGGGUCAGCGGUGACCUGCUCACAUGAGCACAGUGUCUACCUGCCGCCACCGGCCCUCAAACAUGUGGCCCUGUUGUUCUUGGGCCAUGUGGUGCCUUGUGCACCAGAAGGGCACAGACCUGGACCUAAAUGCCAGCUUUCCCGUCACAUUUUAUCAGAUUACUUAGUCCCUUUAAAGCCUCCACUUUCUUCCUUUACGAAACACGGAUAGUGGCAACUGCCUUGUGUGGAUGACUGAUCACCACAGAGCCAGAGCAGAGGAAAUGCUGCUCAUGACCAGGGAGCUACCGACUGUGUCCUUAGGGGCACCGAGGGUCAGACACAGUAACCCUCCAUAUGGGGACCAAAAUACUCAAUCAGAAAUGUAGGAGGUUCAAGAAAAAGAAUAUUGGCGGCACUGUCAGAAAAAAACCCCCACAAAAGUGAUGACAGUGUCGAUUACACUGUAAACAAAUCUCAAAUGCAGAGGCAAUUGAUUUCUAACCCUCCCCACACCCAACUCCAAACAGGAACACAGCCUGGGGGCAGAGGGCUGGAGCCAGUCACAUCCCAUACAAAUGUGCACACUCACUCAGCCCACUGCCAAAGGAUUCUGCUCUAAUUAGUUAAUAGUUUAGGAAUUACCUUCCAUCAAUUCAGCUAAGAAAGGAAUGGAUUCUGGUAACAAGACGAUGUAAUUCUCUCUCAGUUUUUCAGCCAGUGCUAACACUGUAAUCAGAGCAGCAAAUCGAACCUGAAGGGAUAAAAAAAGGUAAAGAACUGAUUAACAAAAAAACCUAGUACUGCUACAUUUAGUAUUUUAUGACCUUGAGAUGAGCUCUGCAUUUUAAAGUUAUUUCACAUUUGUGUAUUUCAUUUCCUGUCCAUUCAACUUUAAUCUUAAAGACACAGGUUUCUUACUGUGAUCCAGUACUGCAAGCUUUUAAUGUGAAUGUCUUUUAAUAACAUUUUCCUUAAAAUGCCACAUACAAACCCAAAUAUGUUAUCAAAUGUGACUGCACUGGAGCCCCAGGCAGCCCAACUGGCCACAACGCUGACCUGGCGGGAGCAUGUCCCCAGCACCGCAGGCAGGUCUCCUGCCCUCAGAACCCUGACUUCGGUCCCCACUGUGCUUGCUGAAGGGCCAGGCGCCAGCUCUGCCACACUCUCACUUUAGCACUAACUAAAAACAUUUGCCGUCUCAUAAUGUCCUAGUUCGGGAAUUUAAAAAAAACUGGGAUGUUGGUCACAUGACUUGUCUGUGACAGAGAAUGCAGGCAACUGUUCCAUACUGUCAUUCACUUCGAAACAAAAGUUAAUGCUAGUCCUCUUUCUGGUUUAGGUAAUUUAAAGAAUAUCUGGAUAUAGCAGAGUCUCUUACUGCCUAUGUUCAAUCAGGAUUUUCUUGACAUUGUUGAAGCAAAAAAAUUUAAAGCUGCGAUUUUGUAAGAACCUGCAAAUUUAAAAUCUGGGGGUUCAUCAAAACAGGCUCAUUGUUCUCAUUUCCUAAUAAAUAAAUAUGAAUUUCAACUAAUAAAUUUAUUAAUAAAA